CUAGCAUACGCAAUCUAGCAUGUGAAGCUUUGAGUGACACUAAAAAUUGCUUCGUGUUACAGUGAGCGUAGUAGGAACGCGUAGGUCGUCUCGAAUUGUGCUUUAAAUAUAAACCACAGAUCGAUCUCUUUAGCAGUGUCUAUCGUGUUAUGGAGCGUUUAUAGGAAAGCCWAUUCACUGUUAAUGUGCUAUUGAUUUCUAAACCAGGGAACGAACUCAACCACUGUGGGAUGGUGGAGAUGUGGACGCGCGGUGUCUGCGCUACUGUAAUAUACACAUGUUUGUACAGCCUGGCUUUUCUUAAACUUUUAGGAACAGUGGAUGCGUCGGAUCUUACUAUCAAAGCGAAGAAAGCUCAACUGGAGGUCAAUGUGGGUAAGACUGCUUCGUUAAUAUGGUCAUACAAUACCGGCGGUCAACAAUAUGAUGCUAUACUCUGGGGCAAAGCAGACAAACAAGGGAUAAAUUUUCARGCCAUUUACUAUGCGAAAACGCCAGACGAAUCCUCACCAGUCAAAUCUAAAGACUUAGACUCGAGCCUCUCGCCUCGCGUGAAAAUUUCCGAUGGAUCAUCUUUGGUCAUCUCAGACGCAAAGCUCUCCGACGAGGGCUUCUACCUCUGUGAGAUUCGAACGCAGUUUGUAACUGUCAAGGAGAAAAUAUUUCUGCGAGUUUAUGACCCAGCGAAAAUUGUCACCCACCCUCCGCCAUUAUUGGAAUACAAUGAAGGUCGUCAAGAAAAGGUUGUGUGCAAAGCUAAGGGGAAACCAAGACCCGAGGUUCAGUGGUUUAAGAAUGGAAAACUUGUGGCCAAGCGAAAAGGCAAACUGGAAAUCCCUUUCAAUCCAGUUACCGAUGAUGAUAUGGCGCAGUAUAAAUGUUUGGCAGUAAACAAGGGAGGAAAAGCCGAAGUGUAUACAAAUAUCACAGUUUUCUUUAAACCAAAAGCAACUACUUUCAAAACAGAUGCCAGCGCAAACACUGUCAGUUUAGGUACACGCGUGAACUUCAUGUGCCAGGCAAAGGGCUAUCCUAAGCCAGAAUACAAGUUUUUUAUAAGAAGAAAGGGAAAAAAAGAAAUACCGUUGGGUUAUCGAGAUGCGGAGAGAAGUGGAAAAAUUUCUAAUGUUGUUGUUGUGGACAAUACAUUCUAUGGCACGUAUAUCUGYAUUCCUUAUAACAAACAUGGCCARGGACCACGGUCUGAGGUUACKCUUUAUGUGAGAUAUCCACCAGUAAUAAACCGAACUGCCUCCAGUGUACGAGUGGCAGCAUGGAAAGGCUACAACGCGACUCUCCUGUGCGUGGCCGAUGGAAAUCCUCAGCCAAAGUACAAAUGGAUAAAUUCCAGCGGUCCUGUGGCUGAAUCCGAAGUAGAUGGAACKCUGAAGAUUACGCCGACAGACGAUAGCGCGUUUGGGGAUUAUACUUGCGAAGCGUUUAAUUCACGCGGUAGAGACUCGCACACCGUAACAGUCAUUAAAGUGGAUCGACCUGGUCCAAUUAAUGUUGCCAUUCUGGUAAAGACCAAAGAUAGUAUCAGGUUUCAGUGGACUGUUCUGGACAACGGACAAAGUGAAAUAACACAUUUCACAGUCAAGUGGAGAAAGAAAGGAACGAACGCGUGGAAUAUUGAGACACUACAAGCUUACGAAUCMGACUAUGARCUGAAGAAAUUAAACGCUUAUACUUCGUAUCAAAUACGAGUUUUAGCCUCGAAUAAAUAUUUCACUAGCUUACCGAAAGACAUUUAUGGGAGAACCAUUGAAGCAGAACCAACAAAACCUUACGAUGUGAUUGGCUUUCCCGUUAAUCGUUCAUCCAUCAGUAUCAACUGGAGGGAGCCRAGAAAGAAGAACUCAAAACGUCUUGGYGGCUAUACUGUAUUUUACUGCAGGCGCCAGGACUGCGUAGAACUCGUCAAUAGAAUGCCACGCGUCUCUGUAGCCCAUAAUUUUACAUGGACUGUGAUUGGUGGGCUGCAAGCCUUCUCUAACUAUACUGUCAAGGUCAGGGCUUUUAAUGAUGCAGGCUGGGCGGACAGUGAUCCUAUUCUGGUAACGACGAAAAUGGCAGCUCCAUCGAUUCCUGAAGAUUUCAAGGUCAAUUCAAGUGGCUUCAGCGUGACAUUAAAAUGGAAUCGACCACGCCUAUUGAACGGUCACGUKGCAAAAUUCCGCAUUAUGUUACGAUGGAGAUUGCGUGACUUAUCCAUAUACAACGAUGAGAUCAUAGACGUUCCCGCUUCCUUGUCAACAAUAGCAMAAGUAAAACGAAAACGUCGUUCAAAUAAGUUAAAAGUUAAASGAAAACGACGAUCAACACGAAAGGCUUUGACUGUCAGAGUCCGGAAACUGAGACCUUAUCGUGAAAUUAGUAUUAGCGGUUUAAGGCCCUAUUCUAUGUAUAUAUUAAGCGUCGCGGAAGGAACUGGAAACGGACACUCUGGUGUACUUUGGGGACCUUACAGCAGUCAAGAGCUKCUAUCCAUGCCUCAAGGAGCUCCUAGUCCUCCAGAGAAAGUAGAAGCGUUCUCAGUUGGUCUAAGCACCAUCAAAGUGUCGUGGGAAAAGCCGUCAUUUCCUAAUGGCAAAAUACGACARUAUGCCAUCGUGUACUCUAACACAAGUGGCAUCAAUUAUACCUUAAUAGUCAGAAAGGAUAUUAAGAAUGAAGCAUUUAAAUAUGAAAUAACGGGAUUACGUCCCUUUACGCCGUAUCGAGUUACGGUGAGAGCUUAUACGAUAUAUCCAGGGCCUUAUAGUGAGCCUGUUUUUGUUACCACUGGAUCGAAAGCUUCAGUGUCCGACACAGCACGACGCGAGAGCGAGGUGGACUCGGGCUCGCUAUUUGGAGGCGUGUUUGCAGGGAUAAUUCUCUUUGCAUUUGUUAUUAUCAUAGUUGUAUUAAUAGUAAGAAAUCGUAGACGGAAACGAGACUCGACCGAACUCAAAGGUAAUCGAUAUGGAGUCGCUAACUCAAACGAUAGUGGAAUCGGAGAGAARGAAUCACUCGAUAAUGUCCCGGGAGUCAAGUUCCUACAUUCAGGAAGAAGAGGCUCAGAAGAAGUGAUUGGCCCUGGCGGGUUUGCUACAUUGAGACCCAUACCGCUGAACAAGCUCUACGACUACUGCAGGCUCAACCAUGCCAACAACAACAAGUUGUUUAGAGAAGAGUUCAUAUCUAUACGUCCUGCUGAGCUAUCCUCCGAAAUCAGUAUACGAGACAAUAACAGACCCAAAAACAGAUAUCAAAAUAUUUUAGCUUAUGACCACACUAGAGUGAUUCUUUCAGAAAUCGAAGGUGUCAAUUCGUCURACUAUAUUAACGCCAACUUUGUUGAUGGUUAYAACUGUCCCAAGAAGUUCAUCGGUACGCAGGGACCUGUUUCAAACACGUUUGACGACUUCUGGAGGAUGAUAUGGGAAUACUCGUGUACUGCUGUUGUUAUGGUUACGAAUAUUGUUGAACGGGGAAAGGUUAAGUGUCUGAAAUACUGGCCGAGCGCCAGUCCUGAGGAGUACGGCUCCUUUGUCGUCACACCUCURGAGGAGGAAGAACUGUCCCAUUACGUCAUACGAAAGUUCACAAUUGCCAUGAACGAUAACGAAGAGCAGCCACCACGUCAAGUUGUCCAGUACCAUUACACUGCCUGGCCAGACCAUGGUGUACCAUCCCAUGCCACGUCACUACUGGCCUUUAUUCGUCGUGUAAGGGCGUCUAUUGGCGGAGAUCCUGGACCAAUAGUAGUGCAUUGCAGUGCCGGCGUGGGAAGGACUGGGACCUACAUUGUUCUUGACGCCAUGAUGGAUCAAAUGGCCAGUGAGUGCGUUGUGGAUCCUUAUGGAUUUGUUAAUCAUAUAAGGCAGCAACGGAAUUUGAUGGUCCAGACAGAGGCUCAGUACAUAUUCCUUUACGAUGCUCUCCUGGAAGCGAUCAAAUGCGGUUCAACAGAGUUUAAAGUCCAAGAAUUACACGAGAAAUUAAAACAGUUGCUGUCAAUAGACCCACAGACGGGCGAACCGAUUAUGGUUGAAGAAUUUAAGAAUCUUGAUAUUGGUGAUACCGAAGCCGAUACGUUYGAUGCUGCUUCUUUACUUGAAAAUAAAUCAAAGAAUAGACACGCCAUUCUACCAUACGACCGAACAAGAGUCAAACUAUGGCCAUACGCUGGUGUUAUUGGAUCGGAUUAUAUCAACGCAAGCUUUAUYGAUAGUUACCAACAGCGCGAGGCAUUCUUAGCAACCCAGUCCCCACUCCAAAGCACGCUUGGGGAACUGUGGCGAAUGAUCUGGGAAUACGAAUCUUACUCAUUGGUCAUGCUUAACCAGGACAUUGAAAAUGAUAAGGGUCAGUCUUACCUUCCAAAUAAGGGUGAAUUUGUGGUGUACGGUCUGCUUAUGGUCGAGAUCGAGUCACGUGAAGAUAAAGAUGGCUACUCUAAAAGACUUCUUAAGGUUACAAAUACUAAGAGUGGAGAAGUACGAAAAGUAUUCCACUUUCAAUUUUAUAAYUGGGAGGAAAGCGGUGUCCCGAAAGAUGGCAAAAUGCUUAUUGAUAUGCUGAAGCACAUUGCGCGUGCGCAGCAACAAACUGGAAAUGGACCAAUGACAGUCCAUUGCAGUGAUGGUAGUGGUCGUACCGGUACAUUCUGYGCUAUAAGUAUCGCUCUAGAGCGAGUCAAACUAGAUGGUACCAUUGAUAUGUUUCAAACAGUUCGAAACUUAAGAACACAGCGUCCACUAAUGGUCCAAACAGAGGAGCAAUACAAGUUCUGUUACGACGUUGUACGACUCUUCGUAGAAGCUUACAACGAUUAUGCAAAUUUUAAAUAGAAAAUUAUGAAUCAGAAGAAUUUUAUAUCUCCGAAGAAGAAAAAUUACAAGACGAUAAUGAAGAAGAGAAAGAGUUGCUCUUGCUUAGUGAAAUUGGAAAUUGUAUACAGUGAAGGCGACAGAAAGGUUAGGAGAAGUAUUUUAUCGUGAAAGAACAACCAAGAAGUCAAAAAAGUUACAUUGUGAAUUGUGUACAUUGAAAAAGACAGAGAACGAGAAAAGCUCAUGAAUGGAGUUUUAACCUCACAGAAGUGAGUUCUCAGAGUAGAGAAAUUUUCUGUUGUAGGCACACAGAGAAUGAUAUUUUUGUAAUUGUAUAGUAAGCAAAUGGUAUCGAAAACAGCAAAGGCGAAGUAUCAUGGAAGGAAAAACACCAUUUGCAACAACCAAGUAAGAUUUUUAUAGUAAAAAAAAAAUCGAACAAGACAGAUUUGGAAAAGCCAGAAUACUCGGACUGGAUAUCCAGUAUGCUAGAUCAAACAAUUUUGGUUUACUAAAGACCAACAGAAUCCAUUAUAAAUACGUAAAGCACUCAAAAUACUAAAAAUAAUCCUUUUUGAUCUAUAAUUCUUCUUUGCUAUUGCUUAAUUUAGAAAUAACUGUAACGAAAUAAUCAGCAUGCUUUUUGUGUCUGUACUCUUUAAAGUCAUUACAAAGAUUGGUCAUCCUUUUGAAAUUUUAACUGAAUUGGUCUCUAUGUUGUACAAAGCUGAUCAAAAAUCCACUUAGAAUCGCUCUUAGGGAGUUGAGAACUGCAAAUUAUUAGCUUCUUAAGGCAUGUUUACACUUUCGAUUUUUGCCGCAAGAUUUUUCGGGACUGAUUUGCAGAAAAUAUAAUAGAUUUUGUCUUAUCUUUUUAAGGAGACGCUUAGUUAGCUCAUCUCGGUGCACUGAUAAAUCGUUUAAGUUAAUUCUUUAGCAUUAUAUGAGUUUCUAAAAUAUUUAGGAUACUACGUGCGCUGUGAUUGGUCGAAAACCAUGUUUGAUUAACAGUAUCAAAACACGCUCGUUUCAUAUC